AUGGCUCUCACGCUUCUCACAGCGGCGGUGCUUGGCGUGGCUGCCUCUUCCGGCUGUGUCGGUGAUGACUGCUCUGUGAAGGAGGAUGGUUCGAUCCUUCUCCAACAUCGGCGCAAGGAGGUCGACUUGCCAGACAAAGGGAUGGCCUUCGAAGGCGGCGGCUUCAAGGCGCACGCGGCGCACACCGGGGUUAUGUCCGGGCUGCUGGGCGCCUUUUAUAAGGCAUCGGCGGAGAGCGGCGAGGAGCCCAACUUGAAGAAGAUGAUGAGGAAUGUCAAGGCCAUCGCGUCGAACAGCGGGGGCACAUGGUUCAUAUCCCAGCUGGUCUACUCACCCUCCUUUCUCACCCUGAUUGAGACCAUUGCGGCGAACCCGGCUCAGGCGAACAAGCAGUACAAGGAGGGAUGGAUCGAGCGCUUCCUGGGGGCCGUUACGGGUGCUGAUGCAGGUAUACCUUCGGUAGGUUUGCUGGGCUGGGGGCAUGAUGUCAGCCAUCCGCGUAUUUCUGUGCCGGCCAAGCCCACCAACUGGACAACCACAGGGCCUUGCCUCUUCGUGGACAACAAUAGAAUUUUGGGCGACGUUGCCAAGAUUGCCGACCCUUUCUUGCUCAACCUAGCAGAGGUGAUCCUGGAAAUCUUCUUCCUCGCCCGGAAUGCCUCCAGCUGGGAGGCAGUGGUGAGCACACUCCUGCAGAGUACGAGCAACGGCGACAUGACUGCGAAAGACACCCUCGGCUCGAAGGUGAACGAAUGGGCUGAGGGCAAGUGGUGGAUGGCUGCAACCAGCAUGGCCACGCCGGGCGGAACUGGCCCCGGGAAUUGCCACUGGUACAAACUGGACCUUUGUGCGAAAGCACUUGUGGGCUCCCGUGGAUCUGUGGCUAUCUACAAUGGCAACAGCACUGACACCAAGUGGUUGUAUGCCGCGAGCACCAAGCCCACAGUGCCAAACUUGGCUGCCUGGACACCUGCGCGAUUCAGCACCGUGCUCGGCGGCGGUGACUCCGAACCCGCGCCCCUGAAGUUCUGCGAUGCUUAUUGCGACAACCUGAAGCUCGAGUACACCGCCUUGGGGCAGUCGGUGGCCUCUCAGGAGCUAUAG